CGCUAUCCACCGUCUCUCACCCUAUCUGCUUCUCUCUCUUCCGAUUUCCUCUCGGCAAAUCACAUGUACUUUAAGCGUUUUCUACAUUGUUCAAUUGUCAAAAUGUGUUCUCUUUAGAUACAUUUCUUCGUUUUGCGACUAUAAUCGUUUUACAGUAUAAUAUUUUAAAUAAUGAAUGCUAAUGAGACGAAAAAUGGACCACCUAGUGAAACCAAUGACUACUCGGGACCACCCGGCAUGGAUGUCGGUGGAACUAUUGAGUCCGACUGGAAAGAAGUGGUGGACAACUUCGAUGAGAUGAAUUUAAAAGAAGAAUUGUUGCGUGGAAUUUAUGGAUAUGGUUUUGAAAAGCCAUCAGCUAUUCAACAGCGUGCUAUUUUGCCAUGCAUCAAGGGACAUGAUGUCAUUGCUCAGGCCCAAUCGGGUACUGGCAAAACUGCUACUUUUUCAAUUUCUAUUCUACAACAAAUCGAUACAAGUUUGAAUGAGUGCCAAGCACUCAUUUUGGCACCAACACGAGAACUGGCUCAACAAAUUCAAAAGGUGGUUAUUGCUUUGGGCGACUUCAUGAAAGCCGAUUGUCAUGCUUGCAUUGGCGGAACAAACGUUCGUGAUGACAUGCGUAAGCUGGAUACUGGAUCCCAUGUAGUGGUUGGCACUCCUGGUCGUGUUUAUGACAUGAUUGCUAGAAAAUCACUACGAACUCAAUUUAUCAAGAUAUUUGUUUUGGACGAAGCUGAUGAAAUGUUGUCUCGAGGUUUCAAAGAUCAAAUUAAAGAGGUGUUCAAGUUCCUCGAAGAAGAUAUUCAGGUCAUUCUGUUGUCUGCUACAAUGCCCGAGGAUGUUUUGGAUGUGAGCACUCACUUCAUGCGUAAUCCAGUACGCAUUCUUGUGCAGAAAGAAGAACUAACAUUGGAAGGUAUCAAACAGUUUUACAUCAAUGUUACCAAAGAAGAAUGGAAGUUUGACACUUUAUGUGAUUUGUAUGACACUCUUAGUAUCACCCAGGCUGUGAUAUUCUGUAACACACGUCGUAAGGUAGAGUGGUUGACUGAAAAUAUGCGAUUGAAAACAUUUACUGUAUCAGCUAUGCAUGGAGAAAUGGACCAACGUCAACGUGAGCUAAUUAUGCGUCAAUUCCGUUCUGGCUCUAGUCGUGUUCUAAUCACCACUGAUUUGUUGGCUCGAGGCAUUGAUGUACAACAAGUGUCUCUGGUUAUCAACUAUGAUUUGCCUUCCAACCGUGAGAAUUACAUUCACAGGAUUGGGCGUUCUGGCCGUUUUGGUCGUAAGGGAGUGGCCAUUAAUUUCAUCACUGAAGACGACAAACGAGCGAUGAAGGAUAUUGAAUCGUUUUACAACACUCACGUUCUCGAGAUGCCACAAAAUGUGGCUGAUCUGCUGUAGACAUGCUUUGUAUCUUGAUUGCCUAGCCUCAGCCGCUGCUCCACCCUCGACCGGUUUCAACGUCUUCUCAUCUAGGCCUAAAGAACCAGAAACAUACAACACAUUGCCCGCCUGCACCGCCUGACUAUAAUUAAAAGUAAAAUACAAUUUUAAUUCUUUUUUUUUUGUAAAUUAAAAAAUUAUGUUUUUUUAUAAAAAUUUAAUCAUUGUAAAUGUUCAAUAAUACUUACUUGUAUGCUCCAGGGAGUUUUGGAACCAACGGGGAGUUUAUUAUUUUUCUUAUUACACUCAUUAUAUUUAUUCUUAUUAUAUUCAAAAAUAUUUCAAUGAAUUAUAAUAUUUUUCUAUCCGUCACAUCAAUAUUCUAAUAAAAUGUUAAUUUUAAUAAACCUCCUGUUGAAAGAUCAUCACUACUACCACAUUCAUAAUAACCAGGAUAGUACUAGAUUAAGUAAUUAAACAAUAAAUAGGUACACAUUAACUUUAAUGUACUAAUUAGGUUAUAGGUAAUGAGGUCAAUAAUAUUAUUUCAGUAACCUAGUUGCUAUUAGUUUAAUUUGUAUUCUCAUUUCUCAGAAGACAGAAAUACAAUUAUUUCUGUUUCCUUUGUUUGGUAUAGAUUUAAUGUUUAGUAAUAAUAUUUAUUUUUAAAUACUGAGAGAUAACUUUUUUAGUUUUUGCAUUAUGAUAAUAUAUUAUAAUAACAUUUUAUAUUUUCAUAAUCAUUUCAUAUUAAUAUUCUAAUGAUUAAUUUAUUUCAUGUGAUUUGUAUGGGGUGUUCAGUAUUUUAUUAUAUUUAUAUUUAUUUAUUUUUAAUUUUCUGUGGUAAAUUUAAACUGAUGCCUAAUAAUUUAUUAUUAGUUGUGUAAUUAUUGUGGGGAUUAAUAUUUCAAGUUUUUGCACUUUUUUAUAACUGCCUAGAAAACAUGAUUUUUGUAUAUAAUAAUCUUAAAAUUGAGUUACAUUAUUGAGUGUUUUUCUUAAACUAAAAGUUUGAAGUAGUUUAAUGAGUGCUUUUUUUUUUAUAUAUAUAAAAAGGAAAUUGUUCAUAAUACAAUUUACUCCUCGUUAAGUUCAUAGUAAAUACUUUCAUUUUUUA